AUGCCCACCAUCUUCAUCACGGGGUGGCAGGCUUGGCGUGACAACAAGGGCCGCUUCGGCUCCAGCCACUAUUCCAAGGACGAGGCACUCUGGAUCCGCACUGAGACGAAUCCCGUGGUUGGAGUGACCACCGAGAACAUCUUCUCUGAAUUGCUGCCCUUUGGCCGUGAUGAAGGGCAUAAGGUCUAUGAGCACAAGGAGGGCAGCAAGAUCAUCCGCUACUUCAUCAACAGCAGGGGCACACAGAAGAUCGCGGAAGAAGACGAGGUGCAGUUUCAUUCGACGAAGUCUCAUGACACGAUGGAGCUGCGCUUGCCCGGCGAAGCCCCGAAGCAAAUGGCAAAGCCCGAUCGCGAUCUCAUGGUGUUGGUAGACGGCAUGCUGGGGGAGAUGUCCUGUAUGGGCAAGCCAAGUACUUGUGCUUUCCGCUGCUUCUACGACUCGGAGAACGAUGUCUGUGGCCCCUCCCACUUCUGCGAGAAGGUGGGCUCCAGCCCUGCGGACAACCUGGCACCCUUCGGCAGUGAGCAGAAGUGCAAGGCCGUGGGCGGCCCAAGUCACGAGGCUGCGGAUCGCGGGAUCGCCCAGAAGCUUGAGGACAUCAAGCGAGAUGUGUUGGACGUUACAGAGAAGUUGGAGCAAAGUCCAGCGAUUUCGGAGAGUGACUCGACUCGAUCUUCUCUGAAGGAGGCUUCGGAACUGGUGCAGGAGGCCAACCAGAUGCUCAACAUCAUGGAGACCUUCCCGAUGCGCCUCGCCCCCGAUGCCGGCGACUUCCCCGUCGCUGCGGCACGUGCGGCGUACACCGACAUGAAGCACUGGCGCCGCCGCCCGGACCGGUUGACCAUCCAGCAGUACAAGGAGGCUGGAAGCAAAAGCGUCUCGGCUCUGCGCCGCUCUCAGAGUUACUCUGUGCCGGCGAAGUUGCACAAUACCUUGGUGGACUUCAUGAAGAAGCGCCCCCACUUGCUCAUCAGGUUCCUCAAGCAUGAGACCAAUGAUAAGUGCGUGCUCAGUGACAAGACGGAGUCGGACCGAGAACGCCUGGGCACCUUCGUGAACUACUACAUGUCCGUCCCUGGCUACAACAUCAAUGACUUGAAGGACCUGACGUUGGAUCUCCCCGCACACUGCCAAGACUUUCUCGUCAGUGAAGAAGCCACAGAUCCCGAAUCAAUUGUACAGACCACCGGAGAAGGGCAGCGGAUCUUGUCCAACUCGACAAGCGAAAGCAGUGAAGGUGGCUUGCUGCAGGUGAAGUCUGAGCGCUUGGCCCGUGCCUUGGGCCCGGAUGGCAUCAGCUUCCUGCAGAGUGGGACAUCGGCAGACUUUGCAUCGGACGAAUCUGAGAGAGCGCAGGAAGUGGGCUUCAUCCUCUUGUGCAUCUUCGUUUGCCUCGUUUGCUUCAUCUUCGCAACCUUGUUCUUCAUGAUGGGCUUUGCUUCUUUGAAUGGCUGUUUUGGUGAUGGUAACAGCGGCGGCGGCUGCUUCGCGGGUUACUUCGUUUGCAUGAUCAUCGGCGGCUUGAUCAUGUGGGGUGCCUUCGCGAUGGCCACGCCCGUGGGCAUCGCCGCGCUCGUUGCGUCAAUCGUGGUCCUCAUCGGGACGGCGAUCUACAGGGCAGCUCAUCUGGAGAUCCGGGAGCACGAGUUCACCAAGCCGCCGCCGCCGAACUGGAAGGCCAUCUCCCAUCUCGCCAUGUGUCUGGGCCCACGGGAAGUUCGGCUCUGCGGCAAGUGGGAGGCGUCCGGAGAUGAGUUCUUGUUAGAUAUCGUGCAUUCUGGGCCCGUGUCACAGUCCAGCCGGAGCAUGAGGCAGGCCCUGACCAUUCGCCGCAUGACAGCUGGAUUCGAACGCUUGUCCCAGGCCACUCCAAUCUUGACAGAGUCUCUCAACGGUGUAGCGCAGACGUAUGCUGGCGCGGAUCUUGGGCGCACGGUUGGCACAUCUUCCCGCGAUGUAUUUGUCGAGUCGCUUGCUUCUUUGUUGUACACGGUUAGCCGGACGGCUAACGGCUUCCCCAAGAGACAUCUCUUUCGCAUGUCUUGGCAACAUGAUAAGUUCAUAGCUAUGGUCCGCAACGAGCAGCAGCAUGCCGAGUCACCUAGUCCAGUCUUCGCCACUUAUCGUAUUGCAUUGCUGAACGCAGGUGCAGGUGAACUCAUCCAAGGGGACUGGGUCAUGAUGAAGCUGGACAUUGAGGGAGCUGAGCUGGCUUGCGCUUUCAUUUUUAUGUUGGCGAUGAGGGACGUCUCCGCGGCACGCGAGACUUUCCACGCGGGGAAGGCGGCGCAGAUCGUGGGAGACAAUCUAAAGGAGUCCUCUGAUCGGCAUCAGCAGCAAGAGAAGGUCGCCGAUGCUGGAUCCUUCUCCAUCUCGACCAUGUGGGCCCGGGGGAAGCACAGUUCCUUGGAUUGGCUUUCCGCCAAUGUCACCUUCCGCUUCAAAGAGCACGAAUCGCCUCCGUACGUCGAGAUCGAUGGCCUGGACACCAGGUACCGCAUCUUGCCUGAUGCCGUGGUGGCGAUGCAAAGGAUCGACGGCAUGCCCACCAUCUUCAUCACGGGGUGGCAGGCUUGGCGUGACAACAAGGGCCGCUUCGGCUCCAGCCACUAUUCCAAGGGCGAGGCACUCUGGAUCCGCACUGAGACGAAUCCCGUGGUUGGAGUGACCACCGAGAACAUCUUCUCUGAAUUACUGCCCUUUGGCCGUGAUGAAGGGCAUAAGGUCUAUGAGCACAAGGAGGGCAGCAAGAUCAUCCGCUACUUCAUCAACAGCAGGGGCACACAGAAGAUCGCGGAAGAAGACGAGGUGCAGUUUCAUUCGACGAAGUCUCAUGACACGAUGGAGCUGCGCUUGCCCGGCGAAGCCCCGAAGCAAAUGGCAAAGCCCGAUCGCGAUCUCAUGGUGUUGGUAGACGGCAUGCUGGGGGAGAUGUCCUGUAUGGGCAAGCCAAGUACUUGUGCUUUCCGCUGCUUCUACGACUCGGAGAACGAUGUCUGUGGCCCCUCCCACUUCUGCGAGAAGGUGGGCUCCAGCCCUGCGGACAACCUGGCACCCUUCGGCAGUGAGCAGAAGUGCAAGGCCGUGGGCGGCCCAAGUCACGAGGCUGCGGAUCGCGGGAUCGCCCAGAAGCUUGAGGACAUCAAGCGAGAUGUGUUGGACGUUACAGAGAAGUUGGAGCAAAGUCCAGCGAUUUCGGAGAGUGACUCGACUCGAUCUUCUCUGAAGGAGGCUUCGGAACUGGUGCAGGAGGCCAACCAGAUGCUCAACAUCAUGGAGACCUUCCCGAUGCGCCUCGCCCCCGAUGCCGGCGACUUCCCCGUCGCUGCGGCACGUGCGGCGUACACCGACAUGAAGCACUGGCGCCGCCGCCCGGACCGGUUGACCAUCCAGCAGUACAAGGAGGCUGGAAGCAAAAGCGUCUCGGCUCUGCGCCGCUCUCAGAGUUACUCUGUGCCGGCGAAGUUGCACAAUACCUUGGUGGACUUCAUGAAGAAGCGCCCCCACUUGCUCAUCAGGUUCCUCAAGCAUGAGACCAAUGAUAAGUGCGUGCUCAGUGACAAGACGGAGUCGGACCGAGAACGCCUGGGCACCUUCGUGAACUACUACAUGUCCGUCCCUGGCUACAACAUCAAUGACUUGAAGGACCUGACGUUGGAUCUCCCCGCACACUGCCAAGACUUUCUCGUCAGUGAAGAAGCCACAGAUCCCGAAUCAAUUGUACAGACCGCCGGAGAAGGGCAGCGGAUCUUGUCCAACUCGACAAGCGAAAGCAGUGAAGGUGGCUUGCUGCAGGUGAAGUCUGAGCGCUUGGCCCGUGCCUUGGGCCCGGAUGGCAUCAGCUUCCUGCAGAGUGGGACAACGGCAGACUUUGCAUCGGACGAAUCUGAGAGAGCGCAGGAAGUGGGCUUCAUCCUCUUGUGCAUCUUCGUUUGCCUCAUUUGCUUCAUCUUCGCAACCUUGUUCUUCAUGAUGGGCUUUGCUUCUUUGAAUGGCUGUUUUGGUGAUGGUAACAGCCGCAGCGGCUGCUUCGCGGCUUACUUCGUUUGCAUGAUCAUCGGCGGCUUGAUCAUGUGGGGUGCCUUCGCGAUGGCCACGCCCGUGGGCAUCGCCGCGCUCGUUGCGUCAAUCGUGGUCCUCAUCGGGACGGCGAUCUACAGGGCAGCUCAUCUGGAGAUCCGGGAGCACGAGUUCACCAAGCCGCCGCCGCCGAACUGGAAGGCGUCCGGAGAUGAGUUCUUGUUAGAUAUCGUGCAUUCUGAGCCCGUGUCACAGUCCAGCCGGAGCAUGAGGCAGGCCCUGACCAUUCGCCGCAUGACAGCUGGAUUCGAACGCUUGUCCCAGGCCACUCCAAUCUUGACAGAGUCUCUCAACGGUGUGGCGCAGAAGUAUGCAGGCGCGGAUCUUGGGCGCACGGUUGGCACAUCUUCCCGCGAUGUAUCUGUCGAGUCGCUUGCUUCUUUGUUGUACACGGUUAGCCGGACGGCUAACGGCUUCCCCAAGAGACAUCUCUUUCGCAUGUCUUGGCAACAUGAUAAGUUCAUAGCUAUGGUCCGCAACGAGCAGCAGCAUGCCGAGUCACCUAGUCCAGUCUUCGCCACUUAUCGUAUUGCAUUGCUGAACGCAGGUGCAGGUGAACUCAUCCAAGGGGACUGGGUCAUGAUGAAGCUGGACAUUGAGGGAGCUGAGCUGGCUUGCGCUUUCAUUUUUAUGUUGGCGAUGAGGGACGUCUCCGCGGCACGCGAGACUUUCCACGCGGGGAAGGCGGCGCAGAUCGUGGGAGACAAUCUAAAGGAGUCCUCUGAUCGGCAUCAGCAGCAAGAGAAGGUCGCCGAUGCUGGAUCCUUCUCCAUCUCGACCAUGUGGGCCCGGGGGAAGCACAGUUCCUUGGAUUGGCUUUCCGCCAAUGUCACCUUCCGCUUCAAAGAGCACGAAUCGCCUCCGUACGUCGAGAUCGAUGGCCUGGACACCAGGUACCGCAUCUUGCCUGAUGCCGUGGUGGCGAUGCAAAGGAUCGACGGCAUGCCCACCAUCUUCAUCACGGGGUGGCAGGCUUGGCGUGACAACAAGGGCCGCUUCGGCUCCAGCCACUAUUCCAAGGGCGAGGCACUCUGGAUCCGCACUGAGACGAAUCCCGUGGUUGGAGUGACCACCGAGAACAUCUUCUCUGAAUUACUGCCCUUUGGCCGUGAUGAAGGGCAUAAGGUCUAUGAGCACAAGGAGGGCAGCAAGAUCAUCCGCUACUUCAUCAACAGCAGGGGCACACAGAAGAUCGCGGAAGAAGACGAGGUGCAGUUUCAUUCGACGAAGUCUCAUGACACGAUGGAGCUGCGCUUGCCCGGCGAAGCCCCGAAGCAAAUGGCAAAGCCCGAUCGCGAUCUCAUGGUGUUGGUAGACGGCAUGCUGGGGGAGAUGUCCUGUAUGGGCAAGCCAAGUACUUGUGCUUUCCGCUGCUUCUACGACUCGGAGAACGAUGUCUGUGGCCCCUCCCACUUCUGCGAGAAGGUGGGCUCCAGCCCUGCGGACAACCUGGCACCCUUCGGCAGUGAGCAGAAGUGCAAGGCCGUGGGCGGCCCAAGUCACGAGGCUGCGGAUCGCGGGAUCGCCCAGAAGCUUGAGGACAUCAAGCGAGAUGUGUUGGACGUUACAGAGAAGUUGGAGCAAAGUCCAGCGAUUUCGGAGAGUGACUCGACUCGAUCUUCUCUGAAGGAGGCUUCGGAACUGGUGCAGGAGGCCAACCAGAUGCUCAACAUCAUGGAGACCUUCCCGAUGCGCCUCGCCCCCGAUGCCGGCGACUUCCCCGUCGCUGCGGCACGUGCGGCGUACACCGACAUGAAGCACUGGCGCCGCCGCCCGGACCGGUUGACCAUCCAGCAGUACAAGGAGGCUGGAAGCAAAAGCGUCUCGGCUCUGCGCGGCUCUCAGAGUUACUCUGUGCCGGCGAAGUUGCACAAUACCUUGGUGGACUUCAUGAAGAAGCGCCCCCACUUGCUCAUCAGGUUCCUCAAGCAUGAGACCAAUGAUAAGUGCGUGCUCAGUGACAAGACGGAGUCGGACCGAGAACGCCUGGGCACCUUCGUGAACUACUACAUGUCCGUCCCUGGCUACAACAUCAAUGACUUGAAGGACCUGACGUUGGAUCUCCCCGCACACUGCCAAGACUUUCUCGUCAGUGAAGAAGCCACAGAUCCCGAAUCAAUUGUACAGACCGCCGGAGAAGGGCAGCGGAUCUUGUCCAACUCGACAAGCGAAAGCAGUGAAGGUGGCUUGCUGCAGGUGAAGUCUGAGCGCUUGGCCCGUGCCUUGGGCCCGGAUGGCAUCAGCUUCCUGCAGAGUGGGACAUCGGCAGACUUUGCAUCGGACGAAUCUGAGAGAGCGCAGGAAGUGGGCUUCAUCCUCUUGUGCAUCUUCGUUUGCCUCGUUUGCUUCAUCUUCGCAACCUUGUUCUUCAUGAUGGGCUUUGCUUCUUUGAAUGGCUGUUUUGGUGAUGGUAACAGCGGCGGCGGCUGCUUCGCGGCUUACUUCGUUUGCAUGAUCAUCGGCGGCUUGAUCAUGUGGGGUGCCUUCGCGAUGGCCACGCCCGUGGGCAUCGCCGCGCUCGUUGCGUCAAUCGUGGUCCUCAUCGGGACGGCGAUCUACAGGGCAGCUCAUCUGGAGAUCCGGGAGCACGAGUUCACCAAGCCGCCGCCGCCGAACUGGAAGGCGUCCGGAGAUGAGUUCUUGUUAGAUAUCGUGCAUUCUGAGCCCGUGUCACAGUCCAGCCGGAGCAUGAGGCAGGCCCUGACCAUUCGCCGCAUGACAGCUGGAUUCGAACGCUUGUCCCAGGCCACUCCAAUCUUGACAGAGUCUCUCAACGGUGUGGCGCAGAAGUAUGCAGGCGCGGAUCUUGGGCGCACGGUUGGCACAUCUUCCCGCGAUGUAUUUGUCGAGUCGCUUGCUUCUUUGUUGUACACGGUUAGCCGGACGGCUAACGGCUUCCCCAAGAGACAUCUCUUUCGCAUGUCUUGGCAACAUGAUAAGUUCAUAGCUAUGGUCCGCAACGAGCAGCAGCAUGCCGAGUCACCUAGUCCAGUCUUCGCCACUUAUCGUAUUGCAUUGCUGAACGCAGGUGCAGGUGAACUCAUCCAAGGGGACUGGGUCAUGGUGAAGAUGGACAUUGAGGGAGCUGAGCUGGCUUGCGCUUUCAUUUUUAUGCUGGCGAUGAGGGACGUCUCCGCGGCACGCGAGACUUUCCACGCGGGGAAGGCGGCGCAGAUCGUGGGAGACAAUCUAAAGGAGUCCUCUGAUCGGCAUCAGCAGCAAGAGAAGGUCGCCGAUGCUGGAUCCUUCUCCAUCUCGACCAUGUGGGCCCGGGGGAAGCACAGUUCCUUGGAUUGGCUUUCCGCCAAUGUCACCUUCCGCUUCAAAGAGCACGAAUCGCCUCCGUACGUCGAGAUCGAUGGCCUGGACACCAGGUACCGCAUCUUGCCUGAUGCCGUGGUGGCGAUGCAAAGGAUCGACGGCAUGCCCACCAUCUUCAUCACGGGGUGGCAGGCUUGGCGUGACAACAAGGGCCGCUUCGGCUCCAGCCACUAUUCCAAGGACGAGGCACUCUGGAUCCGCACUGAGACGAAUCCCGUGGUUGGAGUGACCACCGAGAACAUCUUCUCUGAAUUGCUGCCCUUUGGCCGUGAUGAAGGGCAUAAGGUCUAUGAGCACAAGGAGGGCAGCAAGAUCAUCCGCUACUUCAUCAACAGCAGGGGCACACAGAAGAUCGCGGAAGAAGACGAGGUGCAGUUUCAUUCGAUGAAGUCUCAUGACACGAUGGAGCUGCGCUUGCCCGGCGAAGCCCCGAAGAAAAUGGCAAAGCCCGAUCGCGAUCUCAUGGUGUUGGUAGACGGCAUGCUGGGGGAGAUGUCCUGUUCCCGGGCCGCGUCUGGAAGUAUGGGCAAGCCAAGUACUUGUGCUUUCCGCUGCUUCUACGACUCGGAGAACGAUGUCUGUGGCCCCUCCCACUUCUGCGAGAAGGUGGGCUCCAGCCCUGCGGACAACCUGGCACCCUUCGGCAGUGAGCAGAAGUGCAAGGCCGUGGGCGGCCCAAGUCACGAGGCUGCGGAUCGCGGGAUCGCCCAGAAGCUUGAGGACAUCAAGCGAGAUGUGUUGGACGUUACAGAGAAGUUGGAGCAAAGUCCAGCGAUUUCGGAGAGUGACUCGACUCGAUCUUCUCUGAAGGAGGCUUCGGAACUGGUGCAGGAGGCCAACCAGAUGCUCAACAUCAUGGAGACCUUCCCGAUGCGCCUCGCCCCCGAUGCCGGCGACUUCCCCGUCGCUGCGGCACGUGCGGCGUACACCGACAUGAAGCACUGGCGCCGCCGCCCGGACCGGUUGACCAUCCAGCAGUACAAGGAGGCUGGAAGCAAAAGCGUCUCGGCUCUGCGCGGCUCUCAGAGUUACUCUGUGCCGGCGAAGUUGCACAAUACCUUGGUGGAAUUCAUGAAGAAGCGCCCCCACUUGCUCAUCAGGUUCCUCAAGCAUGAGACCAAUGAUAAGUGCAUGCUCAGUGACAAGACGGAGUCGGACCGAGAACGCCUGGGCACCUUCGUGAACUACUACAUGUCCGUCCCUGGCUACAACAUCAAUGACUUGAAGGACCUGACGUUGGAUCUCCCCGCACACUGCCAAGACUUUCUCGUCAGUGAAGAAGCCACAGAUCCCGAAUCAAUUGUACAGACCGCCGGAGAAGGGCAGCGGAUCUUGUCCAACUCGACAAGCGAAAGCAGUGAAGGUGGCUUGCUGCAGGUGAAGUCUGAGCGCUUGGCCCGUGCCUUGGGCCCGGAUGGCAUCAGCUUCCUGCAGAGUGGGACAUCUGCAGACUUUGCAUCGGACGAAUCUGAGAGAGCGCAGGAAGUGGGCUUCAUCCUCUUGUGCAUCUUCGUUUGCCUCGUUUGCUUCAUCUUCGCAACCUUGUUCUUCAUGAUGGGCUUUGCUUCUUUGAAUGGCUGUUUUGGUGAUGGUAACAGCCGCAGCGGCUGCUUCGCGGCUUACUUCGUUUGCAUGAUCAUCGGCGGCUUGAUCAUGUGGGGUGCCUUCGCGAUGGCCACGCCCGUGGGCAUCGCCGCGCUCGUUGCGUCAAUCGUGGUCCUCAUCGGGACGGCGAUCUACAGGGCAGCUCAUCUGGAGAUCCGGGAGCACGAGUUCACCAAGCCGCCGCCGCCGAACUGGAAGGCCAUCUCCCAUCUCGCCAUGUGUCUGGGCCCACGGGAAGUUCGGCUCUGCGGCAAGUGGGAGGCGUCCGGAGAUGAGUUCUUGUUAGAUAUCGUGCAUUCUGGGCCCGUGUCACAGUCCAGCCGGAGCAUGAGGCAGGCCCUGACCAUUCGCCGCAUGACAGCUGGAUUCGAACGCUUGUCCCAGGCCACUCCAAUCUUGACAGAGUCUCUCAACGGUGUGGCGCAGAAGUACGCAGGCGCGGAUCUUGGGCGCACGGUUGGCACAUCUUCCCGCGAUGUAUUUGUCGAGUCGCUUGCUUCUUUGUUGUACACGGUUAGCCGGACGGCUAACGGCUUCCCCAAGAGACAUCUCUUUCGCAUGUCUUGGCAACAUGAUAAGUUCAUAGCUAUGGUCCGCAACGAGCAGCAGCAUGCCGAGUCACCUAGUCCAGUCUUCGCCACUUAUCGUAUUGCAUUGCUGAACGCAGGUGCAGGUGAACUCAUCCAUUGCCACGUACAUGGGCUGGCUUGCGCUUUCAUUUUUAUGUUGGCGAUGAGGGACGUCUCCGCGGCACGCGAGACUUUCCACGCGGGGAAGGCGGCGCAGAUCGUGGGAGACAAUCUAAAGGAGUCCUCUGAUCGGCAUCAGCAGCAAGAGAAGGUCGCCGAUGCUGGAUCCUUCUCCAUCUCGACCAUGUGGGCCCGGGGGAAGCACAGUUCCUUGGAUUGGCUUUCCGCCAAUGUCACCUUCCGCUUCAAAGAGCACGAAUCGCCUCCGUACGUCGAGAUCGAUGGCCUGGACACCAGGUACCGCAUCUUGCCUGAUGCCGUGGUGGCGAUGCAAAGGAUCGACGGCAUGCCCACCAUCUUCAUCACGGGGUGGCAGGCUUGGCGUGACAACAAGGGCCGCUUCGGCUCCAGCCACUAUUCCAAGGACGAGGCACUCUGGAUCCGCACUGAGACGAAUCCCGUGGUUGGAGUGACCACCGAGAACAUCUUCUCUGAAUUGCUGCCCUUUGGCCGUGAUGAAGGGCAUAAGGUCUAUGAGCACAAGGAGGGCAGCAAGAUCAUCCGCUACUUCAUCAACAGCAGGGGCACACAGAAGAUCGCGGAAGAAGACGAGGUGCAGUUUCAUUCGACGAAGUCUCAUGACACGAUGGAGCUGCGCUUGCCCGGCGAAGCCCCGAAGCAAAUGGCAAAGCCCGAUCGCGAUCUCAUGGUGUUGGUAGACGGCAUGCUGGGGGAGAUGUCCUGUAUGGGCAAGCCAAGUACCUGUGCUUUCCGCUGCUUCUACGACUCGGAGAACGAUGUCUGUGGCCCCUCCCACUUCUGCGAGAAGGUGGGCUCCAGCCCUGCGGACAACCUGGCACCCUUCGGCAGUGAGCAGAAGUGCAAGGCCGUGGGUGGCCCAAGUCACGAGGCUGCGGAUCGCGGGAUCGCCCAGAAGCUUGAGGACAUCAAGCGAGAUGUGUUGGACGUUACAGAGAAGUUGGAGCAAAGUCCAGCGAUUUCGGAGAGUGACUCGACUCGAUCUUCUCUGAAGGAGGCUUCGGAACUGGUGCAGGAGGCCAACCAGAUGCUCAACAUCAUGGAGACCUUCCCGAUGCGCCUCGCCCCCGAUGCCGGCGACUUUCCCGUCGCUGCGGCACGUGCGGCGUACACCGACAUGAAGCACUGGCGCCGCCGCCCGGACCGGUUGACCAUCCAGCAGUACAAGGAGGCUGGAAGCAAAAGCGUCUCGGCUCUGCGCGGCUCUCAGAGUUACUCUGUGCCGGCGAAGUUGCACAAUACCUUGGUGGACUUCAUGAAGAAGCGCCCCCACUUGCUCAUCAGGUUCCUCAAGCAUGAGACCAAUGAUAAGUGCGUGCUCAGUGACGAGACGGACUCGGACCGAGAACGCCUGGGCACCUUCGUGAACUAUUACAUGUCCGUCCCCGGCUACAACAUCAAUGACUUGAAGGACCUGACGUUGGAUCUCCCCGCACACUGCCAAGACUUUCUCGUCAGUGAAGAAGCCACAGAUCCCGAAUCAAUUGUACAGACCGCCGGAGAAGGGCAGCGGAUCUUGUCCAACUCGACAAGCGAAAGCAGUGAAGGUGGCUUGCUGCAGGUGAAGUCUGAGCGCUUGGCCCGUGCCUUGGGCCCGGAUGGCAUCAGCUUCCUGCAGAGUGGGACAACGGCAGACUUUGCAUCGGACGAAUCUGAGAGAGCGCAGGAAGUGGGCUUCAUCCUCUUGUGCAUCUUCGUUUGCCUCGUUUGCUUCAUCUUCGCAACCUUGUUCUUCAUGAUGGGCUUUGGUGCUCUUGCCGGUGGUGGAGACAAUUCCUUUGCAGCCUACUUCGUUUGCAUGAUCAUCGGCGGCUUGAUCAUGUGGGGUGCCUUUGCGAUGGCCACGCCCGUGGGCAUCGCCGCGCUCGUUGCGUCAAUCGUGGUCCUCAUCGGGACGGCGAUCUACAGGGCAGCUCAUCUGGAGAUCCGGGAGCACGAGUUCACCAAGCCGCCGCCGCCGAACUGGAAGGCCAUCUCCCAUCUCGCCAUGUGA